GCACUUUUUCCCCUGAAGGAAGGAAGACUCCUUGAUGGGCCUGGAGGCAGUCUGCAUGCUGUUUCUUUAAUCUGACUCUCCUGUCAAAGGGACUGCAUCUGGGGCCAGGAUAUUUUCCAGGUGAGGCACAAACUCCAGCAGUACUCUGACUUUCUCCCAGGAAGAGAAAUCUUAAAGGACUUCAGGAUUAGAGAAGCCUUAGCUUUUGCCAUCCGGACACAGGCAGUUUCACGACAUGACUUUAGUGCUGUUGCUGCAGGACUCCCAGCAGCUCUGAUACCAUUUCAGUGGCACGUCUCAGCCUGAAAUACUUCACUGCCAGCGCUCCCUGUGCAAGUCUGGGCUGGAUUCAGAGGACGCCUCUUUGGAAGCUGCUGACAGAUGCUCCCCGUCCUCCCCAAUGAGGGUUGCAGGCUUCCAGGUACUGCCACCUGUAAGAGGACAGGUCUAUAGCAAAGGAGAUGUCCUGUCCCACUCCCCAUACCCUGCCUGCAGCAGCAGCACAGAUUCAGGAUCUGAUCCUAUCCCCUUUCAGCCUGCCAGCAUCGCAGGGCUGACCAAAGCCAAGAGCCUUUAAGCCUGGACAAACCAUUUACAGCGAAUUAAAGUAAGAUGAGAAGGAAGCCCUUCCAGGAGUUGGACUCGAUGAGCCUUAUGGGUCCUGUCCAGGAGCUGGAAUUGAUGAGCAUUAUGGGCCCCUUUCAGCUCUGGAUAUCCCAUGAUGCUAUGAUUCCCCUAAACCCGCAGGAAGCAGCCCCUCGGCGUGAUGCCACAUCAGGAAGCUGUCCCCUCUAGCCCUGCAGUGACUAGCCCAAGCAGCUCCCCAUGCCACCCCUCCCAGGGGCCCCGGCGCACAUCAAACCGUGUGUUGAGCUCUGCCAAGGAGAUCGGUGCCAAACCUGAAUUACCAGCCCCAAGAGGAGCUGUGGAUCUCAGAAGCUCCUGCGAUUUGCGGCAGGUUUUUCAGGCCCCCGCCUGUCACACACACGCAAGUACUUAAGCAGUCACCCGAGGACCUGUGGGGUGUUUCUUUUACACGCUUUUGGUCCCUACCAGCCCCAGAAAAAUAAGCUAGCGGUGGUGCCUUUCAGCAGUUGAGCAGAACAGUUGUGAUUCUCCAUCUUCCUGCCAGGCUUAAAGAAAGUGCCUGACCCCACCAUCCAGGAGAAAUGGCCACGGAGAAGUCAGUGACUCCUACUGAGGAGCAGCUAGAGAUCCUGGAGUACAAUUUUUGCAAGGUGAACAAGCAUCCUGAUCCCACCACGCUGUGCCUCAUUGCAGCUGAGACCGGGCUUUCUGAAGAGCAGACCCUGAAAUGGUUCAAGCAGCGCCUGGCAGAGUGGAGGAAGUCUGAAGGGCUGCCCUCAGAAUGUGGGUCUGUGAGGGACUAGAGGAUGCUGCUCCUGGCCCCAUCCAUGCUGUAAACGAUGGUGAAGAUCUUCAGAGUGGGUUUACUUGGGGUUCUCCUGUCACAAAAGGUUUCAAGAUACAAAGCAAUACCCUGAUAUUUAACAUAAUUUUUAUUUAUAGAAGAUUAUAUAUAUAUAAUAUGUAUGUAUAUGUGUAUACAGCUCCUGAUGGCUGCAUAACUUGUCUAGCAAUUCCCAUUAAUAGCAGCUGCACAGGCCAGGAAAUCUCAUGCCCUUGUCCUGGGCUCAUGGAAAAGCUGCCAAGAAAGGAUCAAGCACAGGAGGGAGGAAUAGAGAUUUCUUUUCCCUAUGAUCCCAAGAGGCAAAGCAUGCAUGCUAGCUUUAGUAUAUAGAGCAUCCAGAAAGGAGGGCAAUUGGAAAACUUGAUGUCUUGAUCUUGUGAUGUCUUGGUUAGUUUAAGGUGCCCAAGCCAGCUCUGGAUAUUGACAAGCUAAGAGCCUACAUCAUUAACAGACUGAGCCAAGAUCCUUUGAAUGUAUGUCUCACAUUUCUGUUAAAGAUCACCGAAGGGAGAGAACUGGUCUUUUCUUUGUCCAAAGUGUGAAUAAAAACCAAAGAUUUUUGGUGAGAGAA